AUGGCCAUGCCUAGCGCAUGUGUGGAGUGCAUCGCACUCACUUGGCUCUGGCAUCUUCUCACCCGACCGAGUGAACCUAUCAAAGAUCAGCGGCCAAGUUCUUUGCAGGCAACUUCCGCUGGCAGUAUCAGCUCGCGGGACAGGCAGGUGGACCACCCAAGACCUGAACCGAGUCAACCCGUCCGAGAGCAAAGGCCGGGCUCUGUCAGCGAGCGACAGAGGAAGAUCGACCACUCACGAUCUCAUGGGCCAAUCCAAGGUUUCCGGGUACAACGGCCAGACGACAUGAAAGCACUUUCUGCAACCUCGUUCGUGUUGAACGGCACUACUGUUCGAAACAACAAGGCUCCGUUUGAGUAUGGCUUCGUGCUGGGCAGCACUCGCUCACAUCGAAUGUACCAUGCUGGACUGCUGUUCAAGAGUGAAUUUGAGGUGGGCACCGUGAAGUACAGGUUCGCCUUCGCCGAUCGAGUUCACGAUGGCAUUGAGAUAUACUUCUCCAACAAUGAGGAGUCGGUAGAUGAGAUGUUCAAGCGGUUUCGGUGUAUCCACGAUGGGCAAGCUGAUCCGUUCACCGACUGUGUGGUUAAAUCCUGGCACCAAUCCUGGACCCCUGCAGCAAAGUUGCACGAUUUCAUUUGCACCGAGCUGGCACGCAAGUUUGAGAUAUUUGGCUUCAAGUGCCGGGAGGACUUGGCAAACAAGCAAAAGCUGACAAACUGCAUUGCGUUCACAUGCCGCGGAGGGGCGGUAAUGGCACGUGAUGGAGAGUGCUUUCUCGCCGACUCGUCUGCGCUAGUGGCUCAGAUUUGCGAUCGUCGCUUGUAA